AUGCGUCGGAAAAAUGGAUUUAGCAAGCCUCUAGGUUGUCACCAAAUAUUAUCCUGAGUAGUCGUUUUUUCAAUGGUAAAUGUGUUUUAUAUUCUUUACAUCCCAGCUUUCAACUCAAGUGCUAUAUCUGUAAUUACCUUUCUCUACUCGGUCGCUCUUUUUUUAACUUUAUUUUGAGGUUUUCGAGCUACAUAUGCAGACCCUCUAGAUCAAGUGGUAGCUGAAGAAUUGAGAGCUAAAAAAUGAGACUUACCCUUUGAUGCAAAAAAAUACAAUCAAAUUUGUACAGUUUGUAACACUCAUGUUACAUUCGAAAGUAAACAUUGUGGGAAUUGCGAUAAAUGCAUAGAUGGGUUUGAUCAUCAUUGCAAUUGGCUUAAUAACUGUGUAGGCAAAAAGAAUUAUGCAUUUUUUGCAUAUUUAAUUGCAAGCUUAGAAGCUUUAACAGGAAUUCAAGGUUCAGUAGGGAUUUAUAUAGUUCAAAAUAUAAUUUCAAAUAAUGAUGUCAAAAAUACUCUUGAAGACCGAUUGGGCAUCGAUAGUGGUGGGAUGAGGGUAUUUUAUGUCUGCAUUGUUCUAUUUUUUACGUUUAUCAGCGUUUUAAUAUUUAUUUUGAAUGGAAAUCUAAUUGGGUUUCAUAUAUGACUAAAAAAGAAAGGAAUGAGCACCUAUGAUUUUAUACUGCAAAGGAGAGGAAAAGAGAAGUUUAAAUCAAAACGAGUCGUCCCACAAAUACAGAAAGAUGAUAUUGAAGAAGGAAAUCGGACUGCUGAUGUGUCUGCAGUUUUCAAGAAAGAGAGUAAAUAA